CAGACGUUUACUUCAAAUUUCCGCAUUUUGAGGCACCAAGAGAGGCACACUGAACUUUUCUCUCUCCGUGUAUUUCGAAGUGACACUCAUUCAUUUCUGAGCUGUCAUGACAAGACUUCUCCUGAGAGCCGACCUGCGGAGGUGCGUCGCCUCUCAGAUCAGGAUGGCAUCCGAUCAGCUUGGUGAGUUGGGAAAGGGAGUAGGGAAAGGCGGAGGUGGAGGAGGCUCUAUAAGGGAGGCAGGAGGUGCAUUUGGAAAGAGAGAAGCAGCAGAGGAGGAGCGGUACUUCAGGCAGAAGGAAAGGGAGCAGAUGGAGGCGCUGAGAAAGCAUCAUGCAGAGGAGAUUGAGCACCACAAAAAGGAGAUCGAGCGCCUACAGAAGGAGAUCAACCGCCACCAGGGCAAAAUCCGAAAGCUCAAACACGAUGACUGAAGCUCAGAGGCUUGUUGUGAUUCCUCCUCCUGAGAAUCCAACCUUCUUAUUAACAAGUCAAUGAUUAUCAGAUAAUGAUUGAUCUUCUACUGGUCAAGGCAGGUCCUGAGGUCUGUGAGACGUCAUACUGACAUCACCAUGAAAACUUUAAAAAAAAAAAAAACAACAACAAUAAAGCAAUUAAUUUUUCGCAUUCUUUUAAA